AUGGCUUUGCGUGCUCUGCAUGCUGAGGUGUAUAGAAGACAGCAGCGGCAGCAACGAGCAGCAGCAAAGAAGCAGCAGCAGCUGCAACUGAAGCAGCAGCUAUCUAGAAAUGCAUUUGCUGCUGCUGCUGCUGCUGCUGCUGCUGAUGAAGAUCUAUUCUGCUGCAGCAAGGAGACAGUACUCGCGCUGCAGCAGGAAGAUAAAUAUGUAGAUGCUAGUUUAAUGUAUUUAGAUAAAGAAGAAACAGAAAACAAACAAAAAUAUUAUUCUUAUAAACAUAUACACAAUGAUACAGACUCAGAUAUAGAUCAUGUUGAUAGACUGGAGAGGGAGUUAGAGGAGUCGCUGCAGCAGCGGCAGCAGAUUGCUGCUGCACUGCAGCAGAAGCAGCAGCAGCAGCAGCAGCAGCAGCAAACACGAAGACAACGGAAGCAGCCUUCAGCUGUACACGUAGCAGCAGCAGCAGCAACAGCAGCAGCAGCAGCAGCAGCAACAGCAACAACAACAGUAGCAACACCAGCAGCAGCAGCAGCAACAGCAACAACAACAGUACCAACAGCAGCAGCAGCAGCAGCAACAGCAACAGCAGCAGCAGCAGCAGCAGCAGAAGCAGCAGCAACAGCAGCAGCAGCAGCAGCAGCAGCUGUGUGUGUCUGUUGUGUGCAGAUGAUGAGCCUUCUAGCGCGCUAA